AUGUGUGAUAAUCGCAGGAGAACGUAUUGCUGUGUGUUUGGGUGUCUUAAUAAUUCAUCGAUUCCAGAAUUGUCUCUGUUCAGAUUACCUAUUGAACAGGACAGACGCCUUCAGUGGCUGCGUUUAAUUGACCGCGAGGAUUUGAAAAAUAAAUCUCAACCAUACCAUGUUGUUUGUGAAGCCCAUUUCCACCCAGAAGACAUAAUGAGAAACAGCGUUAGAAAAUUACUGAAAAAAAAUUGUCUGCCGAGUUUAAAUUUGCCUAAUCUGAAAAAACAUACACAAGUGGAAAUAACAACUUCAUAUAAUAAGUCAAGUCAAACAGAAACUAGUGCUUCAGGAUCAAAUUUAGAUUUAACUAUUGCCACUUCAUCAUGCCAAACGGAUUUUAACACCACGGAUAACCUAACACAAACUACUGCAUGUCUUUCUGCAAGUACUAUACUUUUUUUGUAA